AUGACCUCCUCCGUUGCUCCCCGCUCCUCGUCCAACCUCAUAUAUUCUAUAUCAUGCCGGACCACAACACCCCAUCACAUUCAUGCUCGACCCUCUUCACAAUCUUCCUCCUCCUUUUCCCGAUUCUCGCGAUGUCUUCUCCUCUCUGGCCGUCCAUUCUCCAGCACUACACAGCGAGAAGCCUCGAUGAGAAACGCCCAAAUACUGAGAGCUAAAGCUCCGCCUGUUAUGAGCGGGUCAAAUCAGAUGAAAAAACUUAUGCAAAAAAUGGAUGCGGACUCCAUUCCGGAUGAUCUUGGACUUUUGCCAGGCACUUUUAUCCGGCCAUUGUGGAGGCAUAUGCCGUCCAUAUUCAAGUAUCCGAAAGAGCGGCUGUGGAUGGAGUGGGUAUCAGUUAGGUCGAAGUUCCAGGACUUUGUUGGUGUCGUAGCCUAUUGCAAAUACCUCGACAAAAAAUACAAGCUCCCUCUCCGCUUACGAGAAAGGAAGUGUGUGGCCCUCGACCUCCAUAAAUCCAUGUACACAGCCCUCGCCGCCGCCGAUAUCGCUACCCUCCAAAAUAUCUGCUGCAGCGGCCUCUACACAAAUUUCUCAAACCGCAUCGCCCGGCGACCCGAGCAUGCCAAAAAGCUCAUCUGGACCCUAGACAAAUACAUAACAUUCCCCUUCUCAACGACCCUCACAGGCGCACGGGUGAUAGCUGACCGCGCUGCAAACAUCGGCCACGGAGUUGGCAUCCGGCAGGUCGUAGUGCGUAUUCAGAGCCGGCAGACAUUGAGCAGGACGCCGCCUCCUGUAACUAAGGAGGCACAGUCGCCUACGCCGGUGCAGGCGAAGCAGCAGGAUUCCACUGAGUAUAUUGUGUUGCAGAGGAUGGUGAUUGGUGGGAAGGAGAAGAAUUGGAAGGUGUGGGGCCUUGCGAGUGCGACGACGAUGGAGGAUAUGGAGACGAAUCCGGCGUUUGCGCGGGGGUUGUCGUUGAAGGAUCGGUUGGAGCUGAUAUCUGGUGGGAAGCUUGGAGGGAGCUAA